AUGUCUUCCUAUCUUAUUCAAACUGCUCUUAAGUCUUCACGUCGUUCUAUUGGCAAUGCUGUCAAUACAUCUUACCGUGCUACUCUGUUAGCCACCCGCCCUGUUGCUAUUAGAUCGGCACAAGCUUCUGCGUACCCAACCCAAUUUCAGAGACAUUUCUCUGGCUCCAUGCCAACCCUUAAGAAGGCUAGCAAGGAAAAGGGCAAAGGUAAAGACCACAAGGGUGGCUCAAAAGCUCCUGCUGCAGAUGAGGUCGAGGAAUCUGUUUCUCUGGACGAAAUCGUUAACAUAGCAGAGCUUCAGCAAAAGAUGGAUGCUACUGUGGACCAUUUUAAGGAACGUAUUACGGUUGUUCGUCAAGGCAUUUACACACCUGCCAUUAUUGAAAAUGUCGUGGUUAAAACUGCAGCUCACACUGAAGAGCCUGUUAAGAACAUUGCUCGUGUGGCAAUGAAGGGUCCUAGAGCAAUCACCAUUACCGCUUUUGAUGCUGCAGAUGUCAAGCAUAUCAUCUCGGCAGUCAUCGGUGCCAAUCUUAAUCUGAACCCUCAGCCUGAUCCUAAGCAGGAACAGGUUCUCAGAGUUCCCUUGCCUCCUACUACUUCUGAGACUAAAAAGGAGAUUAUCAAGAAUCUUAAACAUGAGUUUGAACAUUUCAAGAACUCUCCUACCAAGAAGUCAUUGACUUCCAUUCGCGGCGAAGCAAUGAAGGCCUUAAAAAAGGUUACUAUUUCUAAAACAGAUCUUUUUACUGUCAAGACCAAAAUCGAGGAUGCUUACAAAGCUAAGUGCAAUACACUUGCCGAGGUUUUAAAGCAGGCUGAAGCAGCUACAAUGAAAGAUUAA